GGAAAUGACGGCAACGCUGCGAAUCAGCUGUUUAAUUAUUUCACUAACAAAAACUGGUUACCUCCUUUUUGUUCACUAGUAGAUAAUAAAUUUUCGUAUACAGUUAUUUGAUAGAGUUUUUUAAAUGACUCAACUCUAAUCGAUAACGUGUAUUUGUGUUUACUAAUAGAGGUUUAUCACUAAAUGAGUGUAUCAGUUUCGUACAGACGUAAUUUUAUCAAAACGUGUAGUGUAAUUCAGUGACGUAUACCUUUCUAGUAAGUUGACAACAGACUCUGCUUGUAGUGUAUACAGGUUACAGAAAAUUCCAGUUGCAUACACUCAACUACAAGAAACAAAUAAUCUUCAAUAAUGGCUGCGUUCGUAGCGAAACAAAUGGUUGGAAACAAAUUAAACGCCGUUAAAGGAGCGGUGGGUGGUGAUGGUGAUGAUGGAGACGACAAAGAAAAGGAGGAAGAGGCCGAAAGGGAGCGGCUGGAAGCUAUCCGUGAAGCAGAAGAAAGAAGGAAGGAAAAACACAGAAAAAUGGAAGAAGAAAGGGAAAAGAUGAGACAAGAAAUCAGGGAUAAGUAUAAUAUAAAGAAAAAAGAAGAAGUAGUAGAACCCGUUCAAGAAGAACCAAAUCCUCUUAUGCGGAAGAAGAAAACUCCCGAGGAAUUAGCUCGGGAAGCAGAAGAGGCGGACGAAGAUGAAUUUACAAAAUUGAAGAACACGAUAGAGACACAAGUAAAUGAACUCAAGUCUCAAAUAGAAAGUAAAUGUGUUAUGCAAUGAAUUUUGGGAUACCACAAGGCACUUACUGCGGGCCGUCUACACCAUAGGGCGUCAUUAUAGAGAAACAAGUCAACCUUUAUAAUUUAAUUUAUUUAGUUCGAAAACAGGGUUUAUAUUUUGAUAGCUUGUAUAUAUUGUCUUUGAAAAAAACAUUUUUAAUCGAUAUAAGUAUACAAUGGUUUUUAAUUAAGAACGUUAAUGAGAUACUACAUACAAGCGUCAUCAGUAUCAAUAUGAAAAUCAUUAUCUUGAACUUGUGUCGUUUAAUACAAUAAUUUUCUUGUAAUCCCUGUAUAUGGAAUCCUUUAGAAAAAAAUCCCUUGAAUUGGGUGAGGAUUUGACAACAGUACCACUUAUGUUAGGAAAAGCAAUUUUAAAGAUAAACAGAGGCAAACAGAUCGUAAACCAAAGUAUUAUUUCUAAUAUUAGAUGAUUGUUGCAAAUUCUAGACCCCACCAUACACUUUAUGUAACAAUAACUUGGCCACGCAGCUAAAUGCCUAAAACAAAAAAAGAGACUGCGAUAAACAAUUAACAAAAAACAAAUAUAUUAUGAUGACAUGUGUUCAAAUAUAACUUGCCAAGUAUAAAUUCAAAAUAUCAUUUUCCAAAAAAUGAUGCUCGUAAACAAUGCAAUAUUUUCCACGUAUAAAUCGAACCAAUUGUGAGGUUAGUCUCUAGAUUAAAUUCUAUAAUAACAAUUACUCUGAUUUUAGAUAUCAAAAUUACAAUGGAAUGUCUUCAUAUUUUUUCAAUGCAAUGGGAAAACAUAGUACAUAUUCUAUAAAAACUUUUAAUAGUCACUUACUUCAUAUUUUUACAUUCAAUUUACGUGAGUUUUAAGUUACAAAUCGAUUGACCAAAAACAAAGUUGUUGUCAUCUUUUAUAUUCUUCUUGAAAAUUUCGAUUAAUUCGUAUCAAAUUUGCAUGCAUUCUGUUAAUGUAGCAUCCGUUUCUCUAAAAAAGUGUUGACUGGUAUGUAGGUAUUGGGGUUUCAUAUAUACUAAGAUCCAAAGGAUCUAUAGUGUCCCCCUUUCUGGAUGCAAUAAUGGGGAACCAAAUGUAUACAGAUGAUCUGUUAAUCCCACUUCUUUUAGAAAAUCCAGAAUUUGGCAUGACUAUAACUGACAGCGAUCUUUGUCUACUUCAUACGCUCCCAAGUGUAGUACUCUAGUAUUUACUGGUAUUGUAGAAGUUCAUAUUUAGGUUAGAAUAUUUUUAAUACGAUAUUUACUUACUUCAGUGCGUAUUUUAGAUGUUCGCAAUUGGUUCAUAUUCUGGUUCUGAUGUUUAUCGGUACUGCUUUCCAUCAUAGAAACGUAUCUUCUUAUUUUGUUUUCCAUAUUCCAUUCUCUAUUCGAGUAUUUCUUGUAUUGAUUCUGAUAUUCUGAUUAUUAUUUGUUUCAUUCAUAACUUACUAUAAACUAAUUUUAUGAAUUCUUGGAUUGAGUUUAAGAAAUGACAACACUGCUUAAAAAAAAGUGAGCUCAUGUCUAUCUAUUAUUAGACCAUUGAAAUUAAAAGUUUCUCAGUCACGUACGUUAAAUUAAUAAGAAACUAUACGAGAAAAAUCACGUUCGUUUCAAACGUUUUUCACCAAAACCGUCUGAGGCGCCCUCUAGGGGAGGAUACUGUGGAACUUAAAACGCAACAUGGCGUUUUCCAGAUCGAUUUUAAAAUUCAAUAAAGGGUAUUAAUUUCAAUACAAAAUAAUAAUAUGAGUAAUCAGAUUAUGAAGUGUUGUAUAGACAACUAAACAACGGUUUUAAUUGACGAAUUGGAGGUAUUCUUAACUCCUGAUAAUAAGCCGAUUUAAUGUUUCCGAUUUAGAUAUAAUUGCUAAAAUUGGGUACCGAAUUUUGGCAGAAUUUCUUUCUAUGUCUAUUUUAAUAAUCAUCACAUUUUACGUUUCCUUUUCAUUCAUGUUCAAAUGUUAAUUCAUGCUAAUUUUUAUUUUAACACUUUAUGCGCCAACCAAAAUUACAAUAUUUUGAGAAGGACGUUGAAGGGGCAUAGGAAAAUUGUUAUUGUGCUGUUAAAAUGUUAAAUGUCCAUAUUCUUCAUGAAAGAAUAACAAAAAGAAUAUAGCAAUUGCUGAUUCUCAAAUCAGUGUUGCAAAGAGGUUACUGACUAAAGAAACUACGGCUGUUGCUGAUUAAUUGACUGCACCGGAGCUCAACGUGUUUACAAACAGAAGAAACGUGCUAGUAUAUGUUUACAUUUGCCAGUGCACUUGUACUUUCGACUACUAACUCGAAGUAAAGCUAUUGACACAUAUUAUUUGAGUGCUAGUGAGUUGCUAGUCAAAUAAUCGCCCGAAUAAACUGGUAUGUCUGAAUGAGCCUUAACAGUUAGUCGAGACGUAGGAUAAAAGAAUUCGGUAAAUAUUUAGAAUUGGGGCUCCAGGCAAAAAUCGUUCCAAAAAAUUUUUUACGCAUUUGGGGUUAUUUCUGAAGGUACAAAUAGUAAAUUUAAGGCGGGGGAGACAUAUUAUUUCCAUUAUUUUAGACAUUACAUGGUUCAACUUACAUAUGAUAAAUCAAUUAAAUCUAACCUAACCUAACCUAACCAAUUCUAAAUAAUUACCUGGAAUUCCGACUAGCUAUAAAGGGAUGAAUUGUUAUGGUUAGCGAGUGGAGUUUAUGAAAACUGUUUUUAAAAUUAUUGUGUAACUUUCACCACAAAUUAACAAAUAUAAUAAUUUUGUGAGCAUCAUUUUUUAUUUAUUGAUAUUUCUAGCAUCAUAAUACGUUUGUAGUAGUGUUAAGUAAAUUGUUAACAGGUUUUGUAGAUAGAUAAAUAGUUUAACCUAUUUUUUUGUAUCGUCAGAAAAUUUAUUACCAAAAAUGAAGUAAAAAACGUGUGCAUAUACCGGCAUAAAGGACUAAGCACAGAAUAUCUGAGAUUUUUUCACUGAAUACUUUAUUUUUAUUUCUGAAAACUCUUUGAAAUUGACUAUCACUCUCCAAAACUCACUAUACAUUAUGAAAUCGAAUGAAAAUUAUGUUGAAAUAUAAAUAAAGUGACAUGAAUUAAUUUGGUUUUAAAUUUACUGUAUAAUCAGUGCCUGGUCCUUAUUUUUGAGUUAGAUAAUGUUUUGAUGAACGCAUGUAGUUUUUUAAUAUGACGAAUGUUUGAGGCUUUCCUUUGUAUUAUUUCUAAAUACACGUUUCGUCUUUCCUAGCACACAUUCCAUGAUGGGUCAUCCAAAUUCCUUGUAGUAUUAGAAGCCUUCAGUGUGUGACUUUUCCAUCGAUAGAAAUAAUAUUUUCAUAAUUGUUUCUAUUGAUGAAAAAGUUAAUGAUACUCAUUAUGUGCUUAUUAAUGUUUAUGGAAUGGAUGUACAUAUAUCAUCAGAAAAUCAUAUUUAUAAUGAUUCUGUCUAAAAACAUCACUUAUCACUUAUCACAAUCUGGAAUCAUUUCUUGGGAUACUCUCAAGAAACUACUUUAACGUACAGUGAAUCUUUUUUGCUGUGGCUCAAAAAACAUGGAUCAUAUUACAAAGAAUAAUCAUUAACGUUUAUGGUAAUUUCAUCUGUGAAAUAUUUUCAAAUAAUGUAAAUGUUAAAUUAUUAUUAUUAUUUAAGUUUAUAAAAUUUGCAGCGAUACAUCACAUCUCAAUACAUGAUGAAUUUUGAAAAACAAAAUAAUUUAACCAUCCUUAUUGUCUAACUAAGAUUAUUAUAUUCACACUUUAAUGGGAAUAGUCCUAAAAUUUCUUAAGAUUUGGAAAGAUCAGUUAUAUUUUCAAUAAUGUUACUGGAACUACCAAAGUACGAAUCAAAAGAUUGACACCCAAUUGUCAAGCGUAUCAAAAAUAUCAUCGAUUCUGCAGUAUUGACAAGAAUGAAUGAAAUUCCACGCUUUUUAAUUGAAGAAUAUAUUUAUAAUUUGAUUAUACUUUUAUCCCUCAACUUAAUCAAUUUUCGAAAGUAAAUAUUUAUUCAAGUGAGAAAUAUAUAAGAAUACAAAAGCGAAUCAAAAUUUAUUGAUUUCCUAUUGUGAAUAACGAAAAAUAAAAUAAAAAUUUUCGAAAUGCGUCCUCUUGGGUUUUACUUUCUUUCAAGAGUACGCAGUGUGUUAUCCAAGUAUCCAAGAAAUGGAAUAAAGAUAAAGAAGAAAAAGUUAUGUAAUGAAUAAGUCUUGGUAUUUAACCUUGGCCUGGUCCUGGCAUUUAAGCAUGGCCCAGUCUUGGCGACCAAGCUUGGCCCAUCGUUAUUACGAGUUUUAUCAAGUCUGGGCCAAGCCUGGCUUACAAGCUUGCCUCAAAGUUCUACAUAGUUGGGCCAAGCCUGAGCCAAGUUUGGGCUCUCGGAACUUACCUCUAUGAGAAUUGGUUUUUCAGAGAUUACGUUUGCGGAUGCUGAAACUAACGGAACGUUAUCGUCCUCGUAUACGCUUUCCAAAAAAAUUUAAGCCACUUUAUAAAUAGUAAUGACUUUUCCUGGAUUCAUAGUCAUCCAUCUGUCACUUCCCUGGCUGUAGGCCGAUUUUAGGGGGCCGAAAAAUCUGACAUCGAGUGAUUGUAAUCUAUGACUACAACGAGAUGGCAAACUAAGAAGAUGGAUACUAUUUUCCAUGCAAAAGAUAUGGCUUCGAGACUUAUAUAUGAAAAAUAGUUGUCCAAAACUGAACGCACUGGAUUUUCGAUAUUCAACCGUACAUUGUUUUAAAAGUCAGAAUUUAUAAAGCCACUUUCAGAUAGCAUCAUGAUUCUAUCUUAAGGUGCCCCAUAAAUAAAUUCCUUCCUCUUUCUGGGGUAAAUUAAAGCAGGAGGUAUAUAAUAUCAUCUGCCGUUGAACAGCAGACUACUGUAAUCCAUUAUCAUCUUCCUCUUAAUACCACUCUCUCCACAACUUUUUCCUCUGCGAAUCUAUAUACAACUACACGUAAUUCCUCGAUUGGCAACCUGUAAAAAUGUUGAUUCAUCUAUUUUAUUUUGUUUACGAAAUGAAGCUCUUGGUUUAAAUCAAAGACGGGCUCAAAAUGACCUAAGUAUGUGGGAAUAUGUCCUGAUUUGAACCGUUUCCUGAGCCUCUAGCUAAGGAUCUUUUGGACUGCCCAUUGUUAAUUUUUUCUUCCAUUUCAUCAAAAAUUUUUUGUGUUAAUUCCAAUCUUCGGUCACUUUUUUUCUUAUAGAAAAGAGCCAUCUACGACCAAAUCCAAAAAUAGUAAACCGUAAAAAAGAAACAUCCAAGAGAACGCACGCGUACUCUUGGAGAAAUCAUCUUUGCGGGCUCUUGGAUUUUAAUCAAUCUCGAAUUAAAACUGAAUAAAGUAUAAAGCGCCUAAGAUCAAACCAACGAUACACCAGCUCCACGGUUCUUGAUACAGGCGUAAACAUAACCUUGUAUCAAACUUAAACUUAUGAAUUAAAUACAUAGAAAGUUAUAAUGAAGGUAGUCAAAACAUGAAAACAUUAAUAAUUUACUUUUGGCUAAGCCGAUUUUAGUAAAAUUUUAAUAUAACUUACCAUUAACAUGAAAAAUUGGAAAACGUGUAUGAAAGCACUUAAACACCACUUCCAAUAAAAUCAUGAUGCGUACUCUUAGAUCACGCGUACUCUUAGGCGACUAUACCCUAUACAUGCAAUAAUAUAUUAUUUCAAAUAUGCCUAUUGUGAAUGGGUAUUAAUAGUGUAUAUUAAGUCCCCUUUUCAGUAUUUACAGCGAAUCUAUCAAUUCCACUCCUUUUAGAGAUUCAAAGUUUCUUUUCUAUGUCAUAUGAUCCCAGGUGUAAUGCUCUGGAGGUCUCACACUUCAAGAGGAUGUGGAUAGAGUUACUGUCCUCUUUACAUAACAGAAUGUACUCUCUCUAAAACCCAGCCUCUUCAGGUGUCUAUUUAGGCAGUGAUGUCCUGACAAGACUCCUCUUAGUAUUCGUAGGUUGAUAUUCUCUGGUAAUAGCUUCCCGGGAGUGUCUUUGCUUAACUUAACUAGUUUUUCCCCUAUAUAUCUUUUUAUGUUUUCUAUGUAGUUCUGAAGCCGAUUUUACAAGUGCUCCGGAACCCAUUAAGGGUAAUUUACCUAGGUACAGUUCUCAAAUUCUCUUUGAAAAAUAUUUGUUAUGUUGAAAAAGAUUUCGGAGCAUUUGGUACCGAGGCCGGCUCUGUUAUAUUAUUUAAUGCCAUUUGCGUUCAUUUCUAGUAUGAUGUGUUGAUUUAAUUUGUUUCUACAGCUCACUUUUUCGAUGUUUCGUUCAGUUAUUUUUUAGGAAGGUUUCGGUUUAUCUCUGAUUAAUAUUCUUAGUUAGGUUUUCAAUAAUAUAUGAAGUCGUAGAAGAUUUAUAACCACUUUGUUGUCAUGGUCUCGGCUAUACAUAAGCGAACAAGUUUUUGCACCUUAAAGAUAUUGAUUCUCGUGGUGUUUAUACCAGUUCUAAUGCCCCAUUCGUUAUAAUUCCAUCCACUAUCAUCGUGUACAUUGAAAUGAUCAGUGAAAAUAUCAUCUUAAAUUGUAUAAUGAAUGACGAUAUUAAUAUUUUUUUAAUCGAGAGAACAGUCAACAAGCUUCAAAAAUAUAUACUACGAGUAAAAUACUUCACUUUUUCUACAAUCCAGUCCAUAAACAAAGAAAACUCGAUGGAAAUGAUUUUUAGAAUCUACUUAAGUUUCAAUUCAACUGAAGUAGACAUAUUCAGUAUAAUUAUUAUAUUAUGGUAUUAUACAAUAACUAUAAGUGAAGAAGUGUCUUACAACUUUUAUGUAGAAUAAACAGUGAAAAUAUAAACCCGUACGAUCACAUUGAAUCUGAAUAUGUACAUCCAUUACGAUUACGUAGAUAAUUGUUUUCAAAAAUUUCAUACAUGUACGUUUUCAGUUAAUCAGAACAAAAAAAUUAUAGUAUCAAUUUAAAUGAUGAAAUAGUAGAAUUACUUUUUAUAACGUAACUAAAAUGUUUAUUAAAAAUACUGUUCAUCAGACUGCAACAUUGAAAUGCAUCUUUCCUGGAAAGAUUUAUGUAUAUGACCUAAAUAUACAUGACAAAACAUUCAUUUCUUUAAGGAAAAUAGGGGUUUAUUACUAAAUUUUUUUCCAAUUGUCCAAAUUAUUUUAAUUAACUUGAUGUAUACAAAAACUGGCAUUAAAAUAACGGAUUUAAAUUGACGGUAACAUACUCGUAGAUUAUUUUCUAUUUUUUCAAUGCAAUUUGAAUCAUGUAAGUGUUAGACAAAUUGUAUAUUAUGUGCUGUAUGUUUUUAGUAGAUAAUAUACAUGUUUCUGAAAUAAUAAUUAAUCAUAUUCAUCUAAUAUAUAAGCAUCUUCAUCCAGGCAGAUUCAAAAUAGAAUUUCUAAAAUCAGUAAUACAAAUAUUGCCAACAUUUUCCCAAAUCUUUGAAUGGAGAUUAAUUAUGUUCAAAUUGGAGAGAAUCAAAAAAAGAGAACUCAAAAAAAAGUCUAGUAAAAGAAAUAUUAAAAGUUGCAUAUCCAAUAUUUUAUGACAGAGGUCAUGAAAGCACAAUCCAGAUUAUAGAUUAGUUGAACAAAAUAUUUCUUCUGCUGGAAUAUCCUACAUAAUUAAAUAUGGGUUCAAGGGCUGGAUGAGCAGCGUUUGAUCAUUUAUAGAAAGCUCAUGUCAUAAGCCGCAGCUUAUUUAACAGAAAAACUGUGUAAGACCACCGCAUGUGAUGGUCAUAAAAACUCACACCAAAACCGUUAGAGAAAAAUCAUCUUUUCGAAAAUGUUCCUACUAGAAAAGGACCGUACAUUGGGUGUCUUAAGAAAAAGCUGUAGAAACUAGAAUACACAAAUUAUUAACUAUAUAUAGUUCAAAGAGAAAUUAAAAAAUAUUCACCCGCCCAAAAUAAAAUUGUUCAUUACUUCAGUACGCAGCAGUUCUUAUAGUUUCACAGAAGAAAAAAAAUUUUAUCCUCGUAGUUGACCACUAUACGGCUGCAACGCUGAUUCUAGAAGUGGCAAGGUUUCUUUCCCAACGCUUCCUCAGAUUCCUUCUAUAUUAGAAGGAACAACACCAACAAAAUAAUCACUUGAUGGAGGAUCUUGGAAUUUUCCAUUUAAUUAUUUUAUAGCUCCAGGUACCUUUUUUAUCCUGACAGGAUCGCCAUGCAAGAUCAUUGAAACAACUUUAAGACCUUUUCACACCACCAUAAUCAAUAUUUUGAUAUUACGAGUACUUCCAGCUAACAUGCUAACGUUUUAUAAAAUAGAAUUAAUGUAAAUACUCUAAAUUAAUCACGAAAACAAUAAAUAUAUGGAUUAACUAUGAAUUAGAAAAAAUAACGUCUGGUUUGACAAGGAAUGUACAAUAAAAAUUAAAGAGAAAAAGGAAGCUAAUUUGAAAUGGCUGUGGACUAUGAAACAAGAUGAUUAUAAUAUAUAUAGAAAAAUAAAAAAAGAUAAUAAAGACAUAGAAAAUAAAAUGGCUAAAUGGACAACUUGAAAAAUGUCAAUAAAAAUAAUGUAAAAUUAUAUCAACAUAUAAAGACACAGAAUAAAAAACGAAAUACAACAAAUAUUAAAGAAAGAGAAUGGAGUCGGUAUUUCAAAAAAUUAUUAACGGAAGAAGACAGUGAAUACGAAGAAGAUAAUAUAAGUCAGAUGUAUCAAACUCAAUUUUGCAGAGGGCCAUAUCUCAAAUUUUGAAUUUGUAGGUGGGCCACAUUGAAAAUAAAAAAAAUGACCUAAGCUAAACAACCGUAUCGCUUCGAUUAAUCGACUCAACUGACUCACAUAACGCCAACGCACUUGUUUUAUAUGGUUAAGGAAGAUUCUAAUCUAGACUUGAAGGGCGUUGAAAAAAUAGGAUAUUAUCGCUUGCUGCUAAGAUAUGGCGAUACUGUCUUUCUCUCUCACUUGUCUAGGCACGUGCUGCUCUUGAAAUUACUUAUAAACAUCCGUAGACUUGAGAUAACGAGUAUUUAAAACAUCCGUAGAGGAAUUAAAUGAAGUCUAAAAGUUCUAAAAAACAUGUUUCUUCUUUUUGUGACACAUUGCGAUCGCGGGCCUUAUUAAUACGGCCCAGGGGCCGGAAGCGAUCCGCGGGCCGUAUCUUUGACAUGACUGAUAUAAGUGUCAAUUGUACCACUCUAGAAAAUGAAGAAAAACCGACGGAAGCGGAAUGUAAUGACAUAAUCAACAAAUUGAAACACAAUAAAACAAAAGGACCAGACGAAAUAGUGAAUGAACUAAUAAAAUAUUGGGGAGAUAACCUAAGGUACAAAAUAUUCAAGAUCAUAGAAAGAGUCUGGAAAACAGAAGCAAUGCCAAGAUAUAUACUAAAUUGAAUAUACCAAUACUGAAAGGAGGAAAUCCCAAAGUGAAGUAAUUAUAGAGGUAUUAGUUUGCUUAAUACCGUAAACAAAAUACUAACAACAUCAAUAAAUGAUAGACUGAAAAAAGUAGUGGAACCAAAAAUAGGGGACUAUCAAAAAUGAUUUAUGUAAGAAAAAUCAAACAAGUGUUGGAAAAAAGCUAUGAGUACAACAUUAAUAUGCAAAUGCUAUUCAUCGACUUCAAACAAGCAUUCGACAGUCUGAAAAUGAGGAUGAUUAUAAAGGACAUGGAAAAACUACAAGUACCCCAAAAGUUGAUACGAUUGGGGAAAAUGACUAUGCUAAAUUCUAUUGAUAGUGCAAUAACAAAAAAUGGACCAUCUGAGGAAUUUGAAAUAAACGCUGGGGUAAUGCAGGGUAACGGACUCUCAGCAGUCUUGUUUAACAUUGCAUUUGAAGGCAUAAUAAUUAUUAAUAAAUCAAUACAAGUAAUAGCAUAUGCUGAUGAUUUAACUCUAUUAGCAAGAGACCGAAAGAAUCUAGAUUACAGAAAAUUGUGAGAGAAGCAAGGAAAAUAGGAUUGAAAAUGAAUCAGAAAAAGACAAAAUAUAUGGAAAUUGAAAGAAAGAAGGUAUUUUGCAAACAAGAAAUACUGAAUAUAAAUGACCUACAUCUUCGAAGUAGUCGACACCUUUAAGUACUUAGGAACAAUGAUAAACAACAGAAAUGACACAGAAAACGAUACAAAACAAAGAAUUCAUGCGGGUUAUGGUAAUUAUAUGGUUAUACAGUAAUUACAAUUACAGCGAAAAGUAUACAAUAGUACGGACACAUUCAAAAAAUGGAAAAACGUCAAGGAAAAUUACACAAUGGAGACGAAAUGAUUGCCUUUUAGACCAAAAAAUAGAUGUGGAGGUGAGAUUGUGCAAGAUAUGCAAAAUCUGGGAGUACGUGACUGGAACAAACAGAUGCAGGACAGAGAAAAAUGAAGAACAAUAUUCGAAGCUGCAAAAAUGUGUGAUAAGCUGUUAUUAAUUAGGGUGGACCAUCCACAAAAAGUACAAGGUCAAAAGAGCUCAAUUUGGUCGGCAACAGUUCUUAAUCGAAUGUAUCUUCUUCUUCAAGUAUCAUACACUUUGCAACGUGUAGGUGUUCUUUUGUCCAAAAAAUAAUUGUUGCUGCACCCUGAUUGCCACACCAGUCUCUUCCGUAGUAUAUUCCGUAGCCAGGAGGGUUGUUUACGCCCUGGUCCUGGUCCUCUCCUUCCGUCGAUCUUUCCAGACAGUAUGAGCUUGAUAGUUGAAUAUCUCGGUAUCGCAGGAUGUGUCCCAAAUAGGAUACGGUCCAUGGAAUCCACAGAAGUCUGCGCAACAGCCACUUUUUCAUUGCUUCCGUUUUGUUUAAGGAUCUCACACCAUACAAAAGAAUUGGCCAAAUAUAAAAUUUUAUCACCCUCAAUCUAGGGCUUAAAAGGACUUCUUGGCGGAUUAGAAACUUUCAAACUUUGUAAAAGCUAUUUUUGAAAGUACUAUGCGAGUUUUAACUUCCUCGUCACAAUCCCAUUUUUCAUUUAACAUACAUCCAAAGUAUUUAAACUUAAUUGACAGUCUCUAUGUUAUUUCCAUUAACAAGUAAUUGAGCUUUGCCGUUUUGUUGUCUGCUUAUGAUCAUUAGUUUGGUUUUAUGUGCGUUUAUUGUGAAUCCGUAUUUGGUCCCACUUUCGUUGAUAGAAUUGACUAUCUCUUGUAGGUUUUCUACGUUGUAUUUAUGAGAGUUCCAUUUACUUUAAUGCCUUUUUGAUGGUCUUUUAAUAAUAGCUGAAAAAUGCGCUCUACAUAUAUGUUAAAUAGCAUCGGUGAGAGUAUGCGUUCCUGACGGACUUCAUUAAGUAUCUGAAAGUGUUCCGUAGUUAGAGAGCCACUAGUUCGCAGUUCCGCUGUUUGAUCUACAUACAGCUUAUGUAUGAUCCUGAUGUCUUUACUAUCAAUAUCAACAUCCUUUAGGAUGUCAAACAGUAAGUCAUGCCGAAUGGAGUCAAACGCUUUUUGGUAGUCUAUAAAGCAGACGAAAACAUCUCUUCUUUGAUCAUAGGAUUUUUGAAUUAGUAACUGCAUAACUGCUUCCCUGGUACCUAGCCUCUUUGUUAAACCCAAACUGCGUGUCACCACUAACCUCUUCGCACUUUUUAAAUAUUCGUUAGUGUAUAAUCUUCAAAAAAGCUUUAAGUGCAACUAUUACGAAGUAUCUUGGUGAAAAUAUCAUCAUAUGCAAGAAAUAGGAUCGAGGAUUCAUCUGCAUAGAAUCCUGACGAUUUAAUUAGAUAUAAAAACAGUGAGUUCGCAUCCUUAAAAUGGAAGCCAUCAAAGAAGACAACGAUGAUAUCACAAACAUUGAAUAACUUAGAUGUCAAGGUCACUUAUAGAUAAUUGAAGAAGAUUUGGAAAAAUAUUUCGCCAGGAAGUAAAAAGCGUGAAGAUAAAAACCAUAGUUUAAAUGAAGGAAGAAAGCAAGAUAAUAUACAUAAUAACAUAAAGUGAAUAGAAUGAAACUUUGCAAACAAUAUAAACAACUUAGUGAGUAAGCUGGUUUUAUAACGAAUAACAGAACUAAAAUGAACGAUAUGACAAACACAUAUAGUACAGAAGUCACGUCAUUCACUUACGACACGUAUUUUUUUCAGUGGCAAUAAAAAGAAAAACCUUGAUAAGAAUAGAAGUCUGUUAUUCCCUACACGUUACUAAAAGAAUAAAUUCAAAUAAUGGUGGUGCCUGGUGAUUCAAUAAAUAAUAGAACUCUGUGUUUAUCGUUAAAUUGUUUCUGGAGUUUGACAUUGAAACUACCGAAAUAGUAAAUUGAUUCAACAUGUUCUAGCCUUUUCCCUUUAUUUUGUUUGGGAACAAAUUGCAUAAUUUUCCAUUAAUAAACCUUCCCACGAUCUCAAACUCAAAUAUCAGAAUUUAUUAUACAGUGAAGGAUAAAAUUAUGGAGUAAAAUAAUUAUUUUGGAAUUGGAAACAAUUUUCAUUAUAAUUAUAUAACAGAAAUGGAUGUCAUGAUAAACCUCAUUUGAUAGAAUAAUCAAAGAUAACAGUGAUCCAUUUUAAAUGGCGUAAUUUUUGUUAAGUAGAUCUGGUGGCUGAAUUCAAUAAAUUUGGGCAAUUCUUAAUCUUCUUAUUACAACGUGUUGAAUUCUGGAGAGUCCGUGAAUGUUAAAUAAUUCUGUGCUAGGUCGGGUAGUACAAACUGCUGUAUCAUUUUUUCCCCUCAUAUCCAAACAUCCCUGAAAUAACGGUGUAAGGAAUAGAAUAACCUUUUUUUCCGAACACGUUUUUUCAUUUUUUUUAUAUUAAAGUUGCAAAAUUUUCAUUAUUUCAAUAUUUCGAAAAUACAGUGAUUUAUUACGCAAAAACAAAAAGAUAUUGUCGUAUACCCCUUACAACGUUAAACGACUAAAAAACUUAACGCAUUCCUAAAACGAUAGAUACAUAUUUCUAACCUAACAGGAAAUACUGAAUUUAUAAGAUAAUUAUAAAUGUAAACCCGAAUUAAAAUAUUAAUAAAUUUUUGUUUACUUUUCUUCACUUGGCAAAGUUGUAUGUAAGUACAGUUUUUAGAUAUUUAUUAAAAUUUUAGGCUCUUAAUUACUCAUGUUUAUCUAUGUAACAUGUAAUCUCAUAUUUUUCGUGUAAUUAGAGUGGAAAAAUUAGAUAAAUAAUUAAAAAUUGUACGUAAUGAUUAAAAAAAAUUCGGAUGCGAGAUUUUCUCGUCUUAUUUUUUGUCUCUUUUGAGAAAAUUUACCAUGGGAAUGAAAAUAUUUUUUUACACUAUCAGGAAGCAGAGAUUUCAACGAAUGAAAAUCUCAACGACUUUUUAAAAAAAAGCUGAUUUUGACGGGAGAAUUUUCGUUCGAAAAUAAGAGUGCUUUUUUGAUAUUAUGUCAAAAUAACGUAGGAAAAAAAUAUUUCAAAAAUUUGAGUGUAUAUGGGACAUGAAAAGGUAAUUUCCUGAAAAUAAAUGUUUUUCGUAGAAAAACUUGGUUUUUUAAAUUUUUCACAUAAAUUUUGGGGUUAUGUGAAAAAAGUGUGAUCAUAAAUGUGGUAGAUCUUCUUAUUAUCUACAACUUUGUCACUUGACUUUUUUCUAUAGGACAUGUAGUUUUGCCUGAAAUCGAUAGAAACCGUAUUUCACCCUUAAAAACUACCCUCCUCCAUUUCCCGACCUCAAAUCAUCUGAAAAUUAUUUUUCAUCAUAUUUUCCUCCUUUUCCAAUAGGUUCCAAAAAUAUGGUUCUUAAUACAUUUGUAUUAAGAACAUCCACAUCACUAUCGGUGAUGGUAAUCAGAAAAUGAAUGCUAAAAUUCCUCUCUGGAAUUUAGCUUUUUAUUAGCAGCGUAUAAAAAGUAAUUUCCACCAUUUCCGAUAUAACUAUAUUUAUUUAUAUAUUUUUGAUGUCGCAUGUCAUUACAACUGAUUGUUCGAUGUUUAUUGUUGUUGCCUUCGUCUCUUUCUCUAUGUGGAUACCUCUACCUAUAAAUUAUCCUAAAAGUCUUUUGUACUGAGCAAGAAAUAUAUGAAUACAAAGCAAUGUAAUUUUGUUGUCCUGUAAUGUUAAUGGAUUCUAUUAAUACUAAAAUGUACUUCUCAUUAAAGUUGUAUAUUCAAAGAUAAUUAAAUACAAUUAAAACAUUUUCCUUGCUCAGUACAUUUCAACCGACCAAAUGUAACAUCCUGUAAAUGAUUUAGCAUUCAAUGUACAUCUUAAAGUGUAUGAUAUUUUCAAUACUAUAUUAUGUUUUAUCAACAUACUAUUUAUAUGUAUUUUAGAGUUUGAUUUCUGGGUAGAUUGCACUGCUUAGUCUAUUCGCACAAUUGAGCAUAAUAUUUUAAUGAUUUCACAUUCUCGUUAUCUAAAUGUUUUCCCAAGGAAGGGUUUUACUAUGUACUUGAGCUGGUACGUCUCUAAAAUCGACAACAAAUCUUUUCUACACAUAUAAAAAUUGUUCUAGACAAUCAAACUCAUUCGAAAAUUUAACAAAAAGCUCUAUCUCAAGCUUCUAAAAUAUUAUUACUUUCAGAAAAGUUAGUUAACUCCAAUCAAUAUAAAGUCCUCAACUUUCUUGUAGACUAUUUCAAACCGUUAUUGUAUUUGAAAAUCAAUUGAAUCAAAUUAAUGGAAUUCAUGCUAGAUCUUUCUAUUACAUCAAGAUGCUACAUUAGAAGGAAUACUGAUACAUAUACCUUUAUAGAGCAUUUAUGGAGCAUUGAGUCGAAUGUUUAAGGAUUGCAGACACUUAUGUUUAUACUGGAAAUCAGUAUUUGAAGGGCUCACCAAAGAUUCAUAAACACUUCACUACCAAUCUAUUACUUUGAAAUGCUUCUUUUGCAGUCAGCCUCUCAUAGAGUCUUGGUAGUUAGUAGGUAGAAACGAUUAGUAUCUCUCAUUCAUUGUUCCAGAGAAACUUUACAUAUAGCUAUGUUUCGGUGAGUCCGACAAUAUUAUCUUUUUUUCUAAUAGAUAAUUUGCUUCUCUUGACCGACAUGUAUUAAUAGCGAAACAAAACCUCGCGAGAUCGUCAUAGUUAAGCUGUCGAACUCCAUUAUUUUCAUUUUUUUAUGUUAUUUUUGUCGGAAUUACUAUGCAUCAGUAUUUGUGAGGGACAGUAGUAUACUAUGUUAUCUUUUUUCUAAUAAAUGAUUGGCUUCUCUUGUCCGACAUAUAUUAAUAGCAAAUCAAAACCUCUCAAAAUCGUUAAACUGUCGGACUCCAAAAACGCAGCAGAAAAUUUGUUGGGCACUAUGAACGUUUGAUUAUUUGAUUUCUUGUCAUAUUAGCUACCGAAUACAUUUUAAUUUUAGCAGUUUCAAUAGAUAAAAAAUGAAGCCAUAUGCAAAGUUUCAAGUAUGUACUAAUCAUUAAGUAGGAAGUUCUAUACUGUGGACUAUGAAUAAUGUCCAAAAUAUUUUGUGUUAUGUCGAUUCAAAUACCCAAUACUACGAUGCGGUUUUUCGAAAGUAUUUGUUUAUGAAUGGCGAACAGAACUUCUAGUUUAUUAAUCGAAACUAGUAGAAUAGUACUAAAAUAAAUAUAUUAUUUAUCAAGUUGUUCUAUUUUUCUGAUAACCAACAAGAUCUAUUCAUAAUACUAAAUUGUUUUUUUCUCUUAUCAACUUGCUCUUGUAAUUCUACUUCUUUUCUAUUAUUUCCAAUACAUUUUACUCUUAUGUUGCAACAAAAACAUCAUCGCUUACUGUAGAUUGUUCUCUUUCAUUUGAACCAUUUUUCAUGUUUUUUCGACUAAAGUUUUUUUUCUUGAUAGAUCUUAAUAGAGAACUUUAAAAAGAAAGUAUAUAAAAACGUAUCUCUUGGUAUUUAAUUCAAUAAGUCUUAAAAACGAAUCAUAUACGAGAAUGUGAAAAUAUAGAUUAGCAUUUUUGUUUCUUGAAGAUGGCCAUCGUUUAUCUUUUCUAUUGUCUCUAUGUCAAUUAAUUCUAUAUCAACAAUUUUCUCUUAUUAGCAUGUAGUGAAUCUAUGUCUAUCUCACACUAUAGAAAUGUGUAGCAUUUAGACUAUUUAAAACUAUAAAUAUGAUUGGUGUCGUUGCUCAAUUAUUUUUGACAGUGUCUUUUUGGCAAAACGCAAUGUUCAAUGUGGAAUUUGGGUGAAAUCAACGUGAAAAUUAAAAAUAUUUUCAAUGGUCAGUAAGUAAACUCUUAAUAAACAGCAAAUUUGGUAUUUCAAUAUAGUAGUUCUUUCAUUGAAAAAACGAUGAGUUCCUACAAAUUUGGAAAAAAAUAAGCCAUAUAUUGGGUUUUUACCUAUUUCUCACAAUGUCUAAUAGUCAAAAUCAAAGGAAGAAACAGUAAAACAAAUUAUCUGGAAUACAUGACAUGGAAAAUCUCGUUAAUCCAUGCAAAAGCUUCUACAUAAUAGUAAUAAAAAUGAAAAGCGACAUCUAGUUCAAAACAUCAAUAUAUCAGCAUGUUUAGUUCUAAAUUGCAUGUUUAUAAACUGAAUACAUUCACACUACACUCAAUGGAACUUUUUGAUUUCCAAAUAUCAAACGUUUAUUGUGUUAUAGCCUGAAAUGUUAUAGUACUUAUCCGAUUUUCUAUAAACAGAAAUGAAAUUAUUCUUUUUGGAAGUUACAAUGAAAUUCAUUUUCUUCAAUAUAAAAUUUGACAGUUCAAAUUAUAUAUCUAUCAACUUCAAGGGGUCCAUCUUGUUCAAAAUAAAAAAAUCUAGAUUGAGAUACGUAUAGAAGUUGUAGGAUAGGUAUUCUCUUAAAAACUAUAGAUAAAGAGAAAUUUCACAUGUAAAUCGUGACUCCAAAGAACAGCAUCCAAUUAUCAUGUUUUUUUAAAAAUAUAUUCGCAUCAAUCAAAUUUUUUACUUACUAAAUUUGUAGGGUUAGUUGUCAUCUUAGUUCACCACAUAUGAUGUAAACUUUCACGGUCUUAACUUUGAAGAAUAUGUAAAAAAGGAUUGUUCAAGUGUACAGAAAAGUAAAGAAAAGUUUAUCAAUAAAAAAUUGACUUCAAUAUAUCACUUUAUUAUGAUCUAUAUUGUGAAAGCUUUUCCAUGGUGUCCAUAUUUUGCAAACUAUAGAAUCAUGCUGAACAGAAUUCCAACUUAACAACAGAUUCAGUUUGAAAAAAAGUAUGAAGAAACAUUUUCAUAAUAUUGAAAACAUAAUUAGUGUCAAAAUAUUUAGUUAUAACCUAACCUAAUCUGUAGUAUGACUUGAUUAAGCCAUAAAUAAAGAACUACCAUGUAUUUGAAAUAUCCAAAAUUUUGCAAUCACACAACAAGGUUUAUAGGCUGGCCUUAUACCUUUUUCAUUCAUACAUUUUACAAAAAAAACUUAAAAACAAACAUUGUGAAUAAUGGUCAAUGUAUUUUGAACAUAUUAUAAUGUUACCCGGUUACCAAGGUUUCUAAUAAAUAUUUUGUGCUUGUUUCCAAAACAAACUGUUUUUAAAACAUCAUUUUUUGAAAGUUCUGGAAGUAUAAAUUCUUAACUCUUACUGUAUAUUUUGUAUAAUGAUAAGAGCUACCACCAGUUUAUUAUUAUUUUAAUUUAAAAAAAAAAUCCUGUUACAAUCAUUGGCUGUCGUAAGAAAUUGGACUCAUUUGUAUUAUCAUCGCUUAUGUGAAUCAGUUAUAUAAUCAAGAUGAUUAAUUAAUAAAUGUAAAAUGUACCAAACAAAACAUCCUUAUUUUGCUCGUGUAUUUAAAACUAUUAAAUACUUUUCUAUCAUACAUGGUUAUCAGAUUAAGCGUAUUUGUAUUAUACACCACUAGGGAAUUGUCAUUUUAGUAUAAUUUAUGGAUUCUCCAAUACUUUUUAUGUAAUUAACAUACUUUUGCUUUCGCUGAUAACAGCUACAGUUACAGAAAGAUAGCUAGACUUUUCUCAAAGAUUUGUCUGUAUAUUCUAUAGGUUUCUAGGUUUAUUAUCCAAUAAAAUUCAAAUCGCUACACGACGAUUGACCUAAUCUUCAAUUGCAGCACAUAUUUAAAAUUCCAAUUUGCAAUAAAAAGGACCCUGUUGAAAUUUUUCCGUGGUAAUUGCUGGGCGUCGACUAAGUUACAGCAAGUAUCGAAAUUUAUAUUAAAAGCGAUAUUAUGAGAAAACAAGACUUACUUUCUGAUUAAGCAUCGUAUUCUGAAGAACAUGCUCCAUAGAUGUAUAUGUUCAAAAUCUCCAAGAAGAUGCCUCUUUGUAAUAUGAAGAUACAAAAUCAACCUCGUAAAGGGUCGUAGAAAGAGAUAUACUUUAGACUAAUGAAAUUUCCAGGUAGACCAGAAAAAAAUCUAAUGGAGUCAAAUAAUGAGGACUUCUAUAUCAUUACAAACUAAAAUCUUAUCGGCAAAUUCUUAAACGAUUAGGAUGAAUUUACAUCAAGAUCUAUUCCGCUCAAUGUCCUCUUUUUUUCAGUUUUUUUUACUUGUGGAGAGAAUAUCUAAGUAAAUAGUGCAAAGAUCGUUAACAGUAUCGUGCAUGAGUCCAUAGGACUUGUUAACCUUUGGUUAAUCACGGACGUUUGAAAAACUGCUGUUUUUCCAAUAUAUCAGCUUAACUGCCGAAUAAUCUUCUUCCCCUAGUUUGCAGUUCAAUGGUACUCACUUUUUGUCUAACAUAUCUACUUCGAACCAAAAAAAACGUACUGCUACCUGAUUUACCAGCUUAGUGCAUUAGUGGAGACUUCGUAUACUCUAGCUGUGUCCAAUAGUUCUAGGUACACAAAGAAUCCUCAACAAAUCCAUGACAGUUGUUUUUGAAUCAAAGUUGAAGCUCAUUACUAUUUCUAUUCAAACUAGUACAAGAACGCGUCUAUUAACUCAGAAUUAACGCAAACACUAUCUAUUCACCACGUAGUUUGUAUUCAGCAAACCAUAUUACCAUUAGUACCAUUGGUACUAUACAAUCUUAUUAAAAAUUUCUCAACCCAAAUCCGGCAGCAAAAAACAUUCGUUUAUUAGAGCCAACAUGAACAAAUCUGACAGAAAAUUCCUUACCAAUAAGAAUCUAUCUGUCUGUCUUCCUAUCUCUAUAAUCAUCAAUUAUAAAUGUUUGGUUUGUUGGAUGAUUCAAACUUAUUUAUUUUCAGUACGUACACAUUUUUAAAAAUAAUGAUAAAAAUAUCAUUUUUCUGCAACUAUUCCUUAUUCCAACAUCUAAAAACCAAGAAAAUAUACUCUUUCAUGGAGUUAGGACUCAUUAAAUUCUACAUAAUUUGACCAGAGCUAGCCUACUUGUCAUAUCAGUCCCAAAUUUCUUGACUCCUUAUUUCAACAUCCACACAAUUCAUGCCUGAUCAUAUUGUAGUUUAAAAUCUUCAGAAGGAGACCUUCGGCUUUCCAAGAUUUCAACCUGACAUGUUCUUUGGUGGUUGUGAGUUUCUUUGUGUGUGUAUAUGUAUGUGGUUCGUGCUCAUGUAACGGAUGAGUCUUUCUCCACAACAUUCUUCUUUUCCUUAUUUAUUGUAAUUUCUAUUUAUACAGAAGGUGACACUAUCUCGACAAGAAUAUGAAGUCAUUCAAUUCCAGACAUACUGUUAGUAUUCUGAACGCAACCUUAGGCUGUUUGACAUGAACUGAGUCAUACCAAACAAGACAAGCAUACUCUGCAGUGUAAUAUGCAUUCAUUAUUGGAUUUACUGCUUUACAAUUCGUCCAAAUAUUUUUUUUGUAGCUUUGUUUUUAUCCAACUCUGAUUUCUUAGGGGGCGAACCAAUGCUUGUGGUUUUGAGGGAUUAGGUUUGCGAUUGUUCGUAAUAUAGUACCUUGAAGAGAUUUCCAUGGCAUUAUUCAGAUUACUUUCUGAUCCAAAGUCGUGGCAUUAUGGAGCCAAAGCAAGAUUAUCAGCUCAAAAAAACUCCUAUAUAUAUAUAUAUAUAUAUAUAUAUAUAUAUAUAUAUAUAUAUAUAUUUUGAACUCGAAAGUAUAUUGAUGAGUCGAAUACGUUUGUACUUAUUAUUGUUUCAAAAAUAAGAUCUGACUGAUUCACUCGAGUGAUGUAAUUAUAAUAAUGAGCUCGCAGUUCGUAAGCAAAUAUGGUAUAAGAUAUAAAAAUUUUUCAUAACUUUAUCUCAUCAACAGAAAAAUUUUCAAAUAAAUCGUCCAUAUAAAUGUGUACAUUCAAAUAUAUCGGAGGUGUUAGAUCUUACUACAAAGUAGCAGCUACUUUAGAAUUUAUUCCUUGUACUUAUUCUGGAGAUUACCUAUUCUUUUAAUAGAAUGCAUCAAAUUUUCGAGCUUUUAUGACAAUUUAAGCUCCAUAUUAGCAAAAAGAAUUAUUAUUAAUGACAUUCGAAACUGCGAAUUACUUGCUAUGUAAAAAAGAAUCCAUUCCUCAUAUUUCUUAUAAGUUUUGUCUAAAUCAUCAACUAAUAAAUUUGGGUACCUAUGACUAGUCAACUACAGUCAUUGAUUUCAAGUUACUAAUUAACACCAUACAUUUCCAAAGAUAUUUUGUAUUGCUAACAGUUUAAAAAUCAUUGAAAGUACCUCUAAAUUCGACUAAGCUACUAAUCCCACGUCAAAAAUCAUUUAGAAGAGACCAAUGCCUAGUUAACUAGUCUAAUGAAAGAUCAUGUUAUUGUGAAAACACAGAAAAAGCAUAUUUUUGUGAUCAGGAUGAUAUAAAUAAAGUAUAAUAAAUUAUACUGACAUAUCGAAUGUCUCACCAACUUAGAACCUUUCUUCUCUAAAGCAGCUUCUUCUUCAUUUCUAUUCUAACAGCUUUCCAUUAACUUUUCUACUACUGUAUACAUAGAUUUUCCACUUCUACAGUGUAGACAAAGAAGUUGGGUAUGAAAUUAUCCAAUGUUUCUUAACACCAUAUUUCGGACCUUUAUUUUGUUUAUAACAUAAAACUCAUCCAGGCUUCAAUAUUUGUCUGAAGUCUAAGGUCACAAUUUAUAAAAUAGAUAUGUAGUAUAAAUUUUUUCAUGACCGACAAAUAUUAAAUUUUAUAAAAUGGCUUGAGAUUUACUUCUAAUAUUUAAAAACAAAAUCUGAUUUUUGACUAAAGCUGCUUUAAAUUUAGUAAUAACUCCCAAAAAAUUUCGAAAUUCAAUAUUUCGAUAAUAUAUUCUACCGUUCUCCCAAUGAGAAAACAACUACUUUCUUGGCUAAUGCCUCGACGAAUAUUGAAUUACAUCUCCUCUAAUGAGCGUGAUGCUGAUCGAUCUUUUUUACAUCCCCAAUGGCUCAAUGUGUCCAUGUUCCAUGUUUUGUGUAAGAUACUCUUAGCUCUCUUAAACGCACUGUAGAUUCACUUUUUGUCUAACAUAUCUACUUCGAACCAAAAAAAACGUACUGCUACCUGAUUUACCAGCUUAAGCCUUAGUCCAUUAGUGGAAACUUCGUAUACUCUAGCUGUGUCCAAUAGUUCUAUGUAGACAAAGAAUCCUCAACAAAUCCGUGACAGUUGUUUUCGAACCAAAGUUGAAACUCAUUACUAUUUCUAUUCAAAUUAGUACAAGAACGCGUCUAUAAACUCAGAAUUAACGCAAACACUUAACAAUAUUUCGAUAAUGUAUUCUGCUGUUCUCCAAAUGAAAAAACAACUACUUUCUUGGCGAAUAUUGAAUUACAUCUCCUCUAAUGAGCGUGAUGCCGAUCGAUAUUUUUUACAUCCCCAAUGGCUCACAGUUGAAAGAAGGGUUUUUUUACCACUGACAAGUUUCGACGUCAUUAUGUCUGAUCAAAGUGGUUUAACAACCCCCGACGACAACGUCAAAGAUCGUAGCUUGGUUCAUGUAGUUAAACAUUCCUUAGCGAACACUAACUACUGGCGCCAUCCACACUUCCAGCUACGAAACACUGGUCAGUUGUAAAUCUAGCGUAGUCGCCGAUAAUAUGAUUUUCGACGGUAAAUCACGUGUGUAAAAUCUCUCAAAAUAAAUUAUUUACCUCUGAAAUAAUUUCAAAAAUAUAUUCUGACGUUGUCUUUAGUUUGGGUCUAAAGCCCGAACGAGGGUUGUUGAACUACUCUGAACUACCCUCCUUGCAACUGCGAGCCAAAAAGGUCAAUUGACAUCACGCUCUUCAGAGGAAGUGUAAUUCAAUAUUCGUAAAGGAAUUAGCCAGGAAAGUAGUUGUUUUCUACUUUUUUCGUAAGUUCUUUGUAUGUUUUGACUCCUUCCGCUAUUUUUCUUUAUCGCAGAUUGAGCUUCUCUAUAUUGGAAGCGAAAAAUUUUCCACAUGCUAGGCAACCAUAAAAAAUUUGCUAGAACCAGUUAAUUAGUUAUUGCUGUAUAUCGCAUAGUGCAAAUUAUUAACUAAAUGAUGUAAUGAUAGUGAAAAUAUAUUUUCUGUUUCUGUAGAUAAAGUUUGGAUAAAAAUAUGUUUGUUAUCUGGUGGGGUAAAAGUAAGGCUGAUGAACUUUCAUAUACCUGGAAAUACGCUCAAAAAGUUGUUCCUACCGUCUGUUGUUGUUUUAGAACCAUCUUUAAAACGUAACAAAAAUAUAAGCAAUUCGUAGUACGACUUAGUCAGGUGUGUGAUAUAAAUGUUAAAAUCUAUUAUCUAAACGUUUUAUUGUACUUAAUAAUCAUAAAUUUUUAUGCGAAGUUUCACCAAAUAGUAUCAAUUGAAUCAAUAAAAUUAUUUACAAAUUACUGUUUCAUGAAUGAGGCAAUUAAAUAUAGACAAAAACUUGGAAUCUCCAAAUUAUGAAUCUACCAAUUCAACUUAAAGGAAAACUAAAAUAAAUUUAGGAAAAUUAAGAUGGAAACUGAAGUUUCAUAUCUCUAUUGCUAUUUAUUUGACAUAAUAUUCUAUUCAUUCUAGAACACGAACAUAUAUGACGGUAUGCUGAAUUGUCGGAUCAAAUUUGAUACGAUUUGCGCAUGACGUCACGCUGGAAUCAGAAUGUUUUCUCGGUCAUUAAGAGCUAGUUACUACAAGAGGCAUUUUGUCUCUAAAUGAUAAAGUAUGCUACUUACAAAGUUACAUAUUAAAUAGACAGAUGUUAAAAACCUCUCUCUAUUGAAUGAUAGCUUAUUUUCGCAGAAGCAAUUAAUCUUGUGAAAACUAUUAUCAAUUUAGCAAAAUAAUUGCAAUCCAUAUAUUUCUCAAUGUCCUCAGCAGUUGAUGAUCAAGAGAUCAAGACAUUAUCUCAGAAACUAAUAACCGUGAAAUCUUCUCUGAUACUUUCUCUUCUAUUUUGUGAAAUAACUGUUUAUGGUGAUUGGGAAAGCUAACGUCUGUACCAUUCUAUAGAUUUUUAAGAACUUGACAACAUCUUAAAGGAAAUUUGAUAUUAAAUGAAUAUUUUAUCAUAGUUUUAUGUCAUCUUUUUCUCUCGCUAUGAAACGUUGCUUGUACAAUUAUUUGUCAAUUUGGAAUUUUGAAAAUCACUUAGCAAAAAAAUCGACUUAAGUCGCACGCUCGCGGUCAAUAGUCCCUAACUAAUUAAUUUUUCGUGUUCUCUUCCUUGGCACUAAUAACAGCUUCCAAUCGCUUUUUCUUGGAUCGAAUAAGUUUAUUUACUAGAUUUUGUUCGAUGCUUUCCUAUUCUUUGGUGUGCGCUGCUUUGAAGCUAGAUUUCGUGGCUGUUUCAAGAGUUCCAACCCAAACAUUUCUCUUCAUUCCAUAAAUGCUCGAUAGGAUUCAAAUACGGGUUACGCGCUGACUAAUCCAUAGCGAUAAUUUCGAUAUCCCGUACGGAAACUACAGUAUGUCCUGCUUUAGAACGAAAUUUUCGCCGAUAGAAUUUCUUCUAUGUGUCGGUUCGCCGUUAACACCCUGUCCGACUGCCAGUUUCAAUAAAAACCAACUCGGUUUUGGCUUCCAUUGGAAUAUCCACCCAAACCAUCCAGGAACUUUCUCCAAAAGUCGAGCUUCCUUUCAUGCAACAAUACGCGAAUCAUUCUUCGGAUUUUCUGGAAACUCGUCCUCUUCUAUCGCUGCAGACACGCUAUCAUCUGAAAAGAGGACGGAACCCCAUUAAUUUAUAAUCUAAUUAACGUGGCAAAUUGUAAACGGGCUGCUCGGUGAGCUGGGGUUACUUUGGGAACAGUAGCUGUCCCUUUUAGUUAACAGUUAGCUACUUUGAGUCUUUUCCUUAUUGUCCAGCUACUUACAUCUAGUCCUCGCAUUUCUUUGAGCUCUUGCUAGACUAGAGCACCAGUGAGCGCCUGAUUUCUCAGCGGUGUGCCGACGAUGAAUCGGUUAUCUCUAUAUCUAUAGGAUACGCACCUUUUUUCAUCUGGAACAGCAUCUUCGAAUAAAGUUAAUGUUCACUAUACUGGCCACUUUUCUUUGAGCUUAGCGUUGUUGCAAUAGGUGACCACUUUAGCAACUUUAUUACUUGUUGUGUCAAUUUUCAGGUAGAAUUAUUGUCAAUUGUUAACCAAGAUGUGUGUUGGUUGAUGUUUGAUGACUAACUGGUAGAGGUAGAUAACCUUUUGUAAAGAUCAGUUUCCCCUAAUUGUAAGCAAACAUAAAAAUGACAUAUUGCUAGAGUAUGAAAGCAAAAAACUAGAAUAUUUCAUAUUAUUUUGAAGCUAAUACCAUCAGCUUUAAGAUUUUUUUGAGCAAAAUUUUGUGUUCAUUUUUUUCUCAAUGACAAUUAAUUGCAAAGGUAUCGCUUAAGUUGAGUUUUGCUCAGGAGUGUAUUUGGAAACGCUUAGAUUUAAAAAAAGAGUAAACUGAUAUAAAUUUACAAAUUUUUUAGGGACUAUCUUUAUGAUUAACAAUAAAUUCAGUUUUUUUAUGCUACCUUGUUAUUUUAUGUAAUUGAGUUGUUAUAUUUAUGAGACAGUAAUUUUAUAUUAUAAUAAUAAGAUAUUCUAUUGGUGAAAUAUGUAUAAAAAAUUUUUAUUUAGAUCAAAAAUGCCGAAAAUCGUACCACUUUUGUAUCGAUUGCAUGAAUAAAAAAAAACUAAAUUAGAGACAACGACACACAUACCUUAGAAAACAAUCCAUUUUCUUGAAUAAUUAAAUACAUAAAAUAUACGGCCAGAUAUUAUAAUGAUCUGAUAGGUCUACAGGAUGGCUUUAAUAUAGAUUUUAAAGUAAUAAUAUACAAGAAAUAAUAUUUAUGAUUAUUAUUAGAUAUUGAAAUACUCACCAUAUGAAUCAAUAUAUUCCUUUUUAGUUACAUACAACGAGCCAUCCUAUUUACCUCGUAAGAUUUGUAUGUGAAAUCCAUAAUUAUCAUAAAAUAUAAGUGAAAUUAUUCAUUCUAAUUUCGUAAAGAAACAAGUUACGAUUGUUUCUUUAUCUAUUUUGUAACGAAUGAACAAAUACUUAACAUAUUUCAAAAAAUGGAAAACUUUGUUCCAACCUGCUAAUCUGGACCAUUCUUGGAACGGUAUUGGAACCGUUUAUAGAUCUUUUCUGCGCAAACUCCGGCUAUGCAGGGUUCGUAUAACGGUAACUGCCCGGCUGGAACACAGAAUCUCUAUUACGCAGAAUCGUCACCGUACCAAGGACGGUUUUUUGAUAGCCUUACAACUAUAACCUCAAAAUUAAGUUUUCUUUGGAAAAUAGUGAUAACGUAACUCGUGAUCUGGUUUUAAGAAGGAUCAAAAAAUUUAAGUUAGAUAUGGUUUUGCUGAUGGAAACAUAUUCAGUUGCGAGUUGGAAUGAGGUGAUUUUUUAUUUAUGGAAUGGUUUGUUUUGAGGUGGUGCUCGCUCAGUCUAUGUAUUCGUCUAUCUAUUGCGCUUGGAAUUGAGUUUAGGGGUUUAAGAAGAGGAUAAAAUACAAUAAAUCAAAAUAGUUUGAUGAACCAAAAACUUUUGGAGUAUGUAUGUCAUGGUACAUAUUCGGCACAAUUAAUUAGCUCUAGGAUGCUAUAGCUAACUUUAUCUACCUAUACGUUAUUCUUUGUCUUCACACUACCAUACACGGUUUGUUUCUAGUUUUUAUGACAUGAAGAACAACGUUGGUACCAAAACCGGAAUCCUCAAAUAGAUCUCCAUCAUUGCGUUUGUUGUCUUCUCAGCGCUUUUCAGGUUGUCAUGGUAGAUAUUUGGUACAAUUAAUAGGCUCUAGAAUGCUAUGGCUUGAGUUAACUAUCUAUACGUUAUUCUUUGUCUUCAAACUACCAUAAACGGUUUGUUUCUAGUCGUCAUGACAUGAAGAACUUGUUCAAACUCAAUUUAAGUAUGUCAUCAGAAAAAAACAUUCUACAAAGUUAGUACCAAACCCAGAAUCCUCGAAUAAAUCUCCUCUAUUGCGUCUGUUGUCUUCUCAGUUUUUCAGGCUGUCAAGAUAGAUAUUUAGCACAAUUAUUUGGCUCGAGGAUGCUAGAGCUAAUGUUAACUACCUAUACGUUAUUCUUUGUCUUCAAACUACUAUAUACGGUUUUUUUCUAGUCGUUAUGACUAGAAUCCAAAAAAACCAGAAUCCUCGAAUAGAUCUUUUGUUGCUUGUCCUCGCGAUUUAACUACAGAUAUGUUGAUACUUGGCUACAUCGUGAAUUGAAUUGCUCGAUUUGAAUGCGUUCCGGAUAUUUCUGAAGCCGUUCCCGUUGUCUGAAAUAUACUGCCCCUGUUCUUAGCGAUUCUCCAAUAAGUAAUUUAGUCUAACAAGCAAAUAGAUUUAAUUUUCGUACAAUCAACUGUCGUUUAGAUUUCGUUAAUGUGAAAGUUGGGUUUAUCAAGUCUUGGUGAUAGACAGUGAACGGAAUAUCUCCAGCUUUUGCUUGGAUUUUGUACGGGUUGUCUUAUCACAGCCUCAAGGAUUUUCGAUCAAAGAAUAGUGUCUGCCUCGCUAUUCAAUCAGAUUAAGAGUUUUCACUUUUAUGUCUCUAAUUGUGAUACACUUUAUGGUACAUGAAAAAGUUGUCAUAGAUGACAUUUCAAUUUGUUACUUACCUUAGUGUGGGUAUAAUAGACUAGUAAUGUGAGUAUGUCUUUUAGAAUAUCUCUAACAAAAAUAGGUUAGGUUAGAGCCUGAAAUUUUUGCUGCUAUGACAUUUCGAUUAGCGUUACCUUGUGUUGGUAUAAUACACUGGAGUAAUGUGAUUUUUUCUUUUAGAUUAUCCUUCACAAAAAUAGGUUCACUGUUAAUGAAGACUAGAGCAGCUUGUGUUAUUUUGUGGAGAUCCGAAUAGAAUCAGUUUGACAUUUACAUUGUCUUCCACUAUAAAUACUUCAAUGUAGCUAAUCACAAUUUGCUGUAGGUGCCGUGAAUCUAGGUUUCUAUCGGAUGAUAUUAUAUGGGUUUCAACUUCCAGACAAAAUCUGUUAGUAGCCUAACUUUGUCUUACAUUGCCCAUUUUUCAAAGAAAACACGAAACAGUUAAUUAUUUUGCCUAUCAUAUCUCAAAUUUGUGUAUCUAUAAAUUAAUCACGCAAAUUUUUAUUAUUCAGUUACAAUUACAACAUAUUUUUUUAUACUCACACACUGUUUACACUAACACUACACUAACACUCCCAAUUACAUUAUCUGACGCGCGUUUCGAUAACCAAGUUAUCGUCUUCAGAGACUGAAGCUUACCUUCAGUACUUGGUUAUCGAAAGGCGCGUCAGACAAUGUAAUUGUGAAUUUUAGUGUAGUGGUGGUUCAGAGUAAAUAUCCCCAGCUGUUCCAGAAAUUUCAACUUUAUAUUUGUUACGGCAAAUAAACUAUGUCCAAAUCUUUUAAAUACUCACUCACUCUCUAUUCUUUUGAUUGUGUAUUUUUACAAUAUUUAUCAUUUCAUCUGCUACCAUUUUUGAGAUAUUGAGACUGUAUUUAACUCAAAUCCAGUUGAAAUAUUACAAAUCGAUGGGUAUCAAGAAUUUAAAAAGGUUAUUUUGGAUUUCACAUCAGCUUCUGCUUAAGAAACAUAUACUUAAAGCUAGUGAUAAAGAAUCAAGCAAAAUUCUGAAAAAAAAAACGUUAUCGAAGUUAUCAAUGUUUUAUUGUUAUAAGAAAACAAGAUGAUAUUCGCAGUAUAUUAUAUUGUAUUGUAGAUAUUGUUGUUGAUUCGAUAAAUUUUUUAGUUUUAACAUCAAUAUGUGUGUAUUAUCUUUACUAAAAUCACUACUAACUUAUUUAUAAAAUAUAAAUUGAUAUAUUAUAAAUUAUGAUGUAUACUACAACGAAACUAACCAUGGAUUGUUAAAAUAGAUUUCUUAACAAUUUUACUCAUUAAGUUCUAUUUAGAAGACCUUCAAUAUUUAUUGUUCUAUUUAAUGUAAUGUAACCAUUUCUUUUUCUAAAAUCAAGUUUUGUAGAAGUUCUACGGCAAAAAGUUGUAGGUAAAUACUUGAUUAUCACCUGUCCUUCACAACCAGACCCAGUUUAUUAUUUUUUAAAGCAAAUUAAAUACUUUAAAAUAAUGAAGCUUGUGAGCUAGGAAAUAUGGGAAUAAAGUUAUUCAAGUACGGACUGGGAAGGAUCGUAGUUUUCAUUCAAGAGAAGAAAUGCCAAAGAAAUGGAAUUUGCCUUACAUAUUUUCCAAAACUUGAUACAGAAUACUAAUACUGAUAACAACUAUUUAAAGUAGAGUCGGUCGAAUUGGAUUCUAUGAGCAGGUAACUAUAAGUUACAGUUAAAAAUAUGACAUAAAAUUGGUGUAAAAUAUUUAACAAGAAUUAGUAAAUACAGCAUUGCAAUGGUGUGGUAACAUGCAAAGAAUGCCAGAAUACAGGUUUCCCGUAGCCCUUUAUGGAUCACCACGAAAAAAUGAUUGAUAUCUAUGGUUUUUGGGCCGAAGAAUCGAUUUUUGGGGUUGCGAGACUGGCACCUUGGUCAUUUUUUUUUUAUUAACAAUUUAAUUGUUUAAACGGCCAUAAUGUAUUAUCUACAAUAGUAACGGGGUUUAUGAUGAAAUCGUCUGGUUGCAAAUCUUCUAAAGAAUAUUUCUCUUUUUGAGUUUUGAAAAAAUAUUUGUUAGAACCAAAGUUAUAGGCAGAGUACUGUAAAAAAUGCAAAAAUGCGCUGAUUUCUCUUUCAAUCGGUCAUAUUUUGCCCUAAGCAAAUUCAAAUGAGACAUUUGAAGAUUCAUUUCAAAGAAAA